GGAACCCCACGUUCGGUGUAAACGUGUAAUCUUAUUCUCAUUCGAAAAAAUGACCAUUCUGAGUUUACUUGGCUUCUUUAAACCUUCACUACUUGCGACUCCUGACAAAUGUUCAGCUCAACUAUUUUCAGCAUAUGUAUACUUUCUCUCGGGCCUGCUUACUCCGUCGAUGAAGGCCCGCUCAGGAGCUGUCUCCUUCCCCUGGAUGUGCAUCAGGGAUUACCAAACCUGGCGAAUUUCUGAAGCUAUCCUGGGGGGAUUGGUGAAACUUGCCGGUAUCAUAAAUGAAAUCUCGGAUGCAUUAGGCUUUCACAGUACAUCGAUAUGGGCAACAAUCUCAUUGAAGGGAUUCUAUCUUCAACAACGGAACUUCCAAGGACCUAGAAUCGAGUUCAUAUUGAAGCGGAGGCUUCUUUCCUAGACGGGAUGAAUACUGAUACUGAAGACUUUACGACAUUAGUAUUAUCUAUUCCUGGAAAAGUCGAAGUUGAUAGCUUGUCCACGUCACAUUUAUUGUCCGCAA